UCAUAUAUUUUGAAAUUYCUCGCGCGCUUACUUUGAACGCGUUGACUGCAAAACCAGCGUGCAAAAUGGAAUGUUGCUAUCAUUGGGUUGAUUCUGUUAUCGAAAUGGUUUUAGGCGUCUACAACUUACAUGAUUUGGAUUUUGGUGAUUUGGAUGUGGAAGAGCUAAUAAGUUGCGAGGUAGAAGACCUUGACGGCAUGUUUAUUUUUCCAUGGAAUAUCGAAACAUGUCUUGACAUCAAUAACGAUCAAUUGCUAGAAAAUGAACUGCUSUUAAUUGUGAAUGAAMUGGAACAGUACUGGCAAGUUACUGCCGAAAAAUACGAGGACGACUUGUUUCCUUGSCUGCACGAUCACUCCUACUSUUUAAAAGAUAUCAGAUCUGUUAACACAUAGACUAUAUGUCGACCAGAAAAAAAAAUAAAAAAAACAAGUUCAACAAGUA